AUGGCGGUCCCCGGGUUGAGUACACCUGGUCUCCGGGUCCUAAGUAGGAGUUCGCGUCCCGGCAGAGUGUUCACUCGGUGCUCCAGGCCGUUUUGUUCUAGCGCUACUUCUGCUAGGCCACUGAAUGCUCAGAGAUUGGCGGAGAAGCUCCGAGCCCAGAAACAAGAGCAAAAGACGAAGAAAGUGCCGGUGCCUACAAACCCUGUACAGCGGAGGGUGCAGGAACUAGUGCGAUUCACACAGCAGCUACAGCGAGUUCACCCCAAUGUGCUUGCUAAGGAGCUGAGCCGAGGAAUUCUCUACCAGGACAAGGACCUUGUGGUCAUUAAUAAGCCCUACGGCCUCCCUGUCCACGGUGGCCCUGGAGUCCAGCUCUGCAUCAGUGAUGUGCUGCCCAUCUUGGCAAAGAUGCUUCACGGCCACAAGGCAGAGCCUCUGCACCUGUGCCACCGUCUGGACAAGGAAACAACAGGUGUCAUGGUGUUGGCUUGGGAGAAGGACAUGGCACAUGGAGUCAAGGAGUUGUUUAGAACCCGCCAGGUGGAGAAGAAAUACUGGGCUGUCACUGUGCGUGUUCCCACGCCCUCGGCAGGAGUCGUGGAUAUCCCCAUUGUGGAGAAGGAAGUGCAUGGACAGCAGCAGUAUCACAAGAUGACGCUGUCCCCAAGCUACCGUAUGGAGAAUGGGAAAGUGGUGAAGGUGCGAGCCAACCGCGAUGCCCAUGUUGCUGUAACUCAGUACCAGGUGCUCAGCAGCACUGCCAGCUGUGCCCUCGUGGAGCUGCAGCCUGUUACUGGGAUAAAACAUCAGCUUCGAGUUCACCUGUCCUUUGGGUUGGAUUGCCCAGUCCUUGGUGAUCACAAGUACUCAGACUGGAAUAGCUUGGCCCCUCAGAAACUUUCUGCUGGCACACUGAAGAGGCUGGGGCUCCAGCAGUCGAAGGCUCGCUACAUCCCACUUCACCUGCACGCCAAGCAGCUCGUCCUGCCUGCUCUGGGCUCCAGAACAGAGGAACUCCUCCUGUCCUGUAAGCUUCCUCACUUCUUUGCACGUUCUCUGCGCCGUCUGGGUUUAGAGAUCCCGAAUCAGGAUCAAAGCCAAGGCAACAAGGCCAGGCAUGUAGAGGCACAGUGAAGACUGCUGGGCAGUUUGGCCCCAGAGUGCUGCUGUAUUUAUUCCGUGGGUUCUGCUAACUUCUCACUUGGUACAGAUGACAGAAGAGCCAGGUGGGAGGCGGGGAAGAACCUUGGCCACUUCAGGACUUCUGAUGGAGAUGAAGUCUUACUUAGGGACAGUUUGGCUGUAAUGUGGAAAAGCCUGCUGGAAGUCUCUGCUCCUGCCUUUGCCAAGAUGAAAGAGAGCGGGCAGAUUGAACCAGUAAAGAGAACCAAGGGAUGAAGUCUGUGUCCAGGAACUGUCUUCAUCCAACAGGAAGGAAAGCUGCUGAGCUAUCAGGAGUGCCUCCUUGGAAAACAUGUCUUGGAUAAACAUGUAUCAUAGACCCACGGAUUUUGUCAACUAGAUCGUGGGUGCCACACUGCCCUAGCAAUGAACCUGUGAAAGGGUUGUUUAGGCAGGGUAAAUGACAGGCAGCUAAUAUGAGUGAGUGAAGCUGGCAGGGUGGAAGGCAGUGGCUGGGACAGGAGACCAAACACACAAACUGUCUUAAGGGUUAUUCACUCCAGUUGACUGUUGCCCUGGGGGCAGAUCUACUGUUUUCUUUUAGAGAAGUAUGAAACCC